AUGUCAUUCAAUAGAGAAGAUGAUAGCAGGUUGAAAUUCAAGACUUCUAAGAAGCUCAGGGUAUCGCCUACCUUUGAGGCUAUGAACUUGAAGGAUGACCUUCUUCGAGGCAUAUAUUCAUAUGGAUUUGAAGCACCAUCUUCUAUUCAAUCUCGAGCCAUCACGCAGAUCAUUUCUGGUAAGGAUGUUAUUGCACAAGCACAAUCCGGUACUGGUAAGACUGCGACUUUUACCAUUGGUAUGUUACAAGUGCUCGAACUAAAACGUAAGGAUUUACAGGCUUUGGUUCUUUCACCUACAAGAGAAUUAGCAUCUCAGAGUUGCCAGGUGGUGUCCAAUUUGGGGGAUUACCUUAAUGUGAAAGCCUUUGCAUUAACCGGUGGGAAGGCCUUGAAGGACGACUUGAAAAGAAUUCAAAGUAGUGGUUGCCAUGUAGUCAGCGGUACUCCGGGACGUGUAUUAGAUUUAAUAAAAAGACAAGUGGUUCAAACUAGAAAUGUACAAGUGUUGGUAUUAGAUGAAGCCGAUGAGUUAUUAAGUGAGACUUUGGGUUUCAAGCAGCAAAUUUACGAUAUUUUUGCUCGUCUGCCGCCUGGAUGCCAAGUGGUAGUCGUAAGUGCUACCAUGAGUAGAGAUAUUUUAGAAGUGACUAAAAAAUUCAUGAGUGAUCCCGUCAAGAUUUUGGUUAAAAGAGAUGAGAUUUCCUUAGAAGGUAUCUCACAGUAUUACGUGGAUGUUAGUAAAGAGGAAUGGAAGUUUGAUACAUUAUGUGAUUUAUACGAUUCAUUGACCAUUACUCAAUGUGUUAUAUUUUGCAAUACCAGGAAGAAGGUAGAUUGGCUAUCGAAAAAGUUGAUCCAAUCCAAUUUUGCAGUCGUUUCCAUGCACGGUGACAUGAAGCAGGAGGACAGAGAUAAAGUGAUGAACGAUUUCAGAACUGGACAUUCCAGAGUUUUAAUAUCCACAGACGUUUGGGCGCGUGGUAUUGAUGUGCAACAGAUUUCACUGGUGAUUAACUACGAUAUGCCAGAAAUCAUGGAAAACUAUAUCCAUCGUAUUGGUAGAAGUGGUAGAUUUGGUAGAAAAGGUGUUGCCGUGAAUUUCAUUACAAGGGAAGAUUCAUCUAAAUUGAAAGCUACUGAAAAAAUGUAUGGGAUCAAAAUUAAACCCAUGCCAGCAAACCUUUCAGAAUUGUCGUGA